AUGGGAAUCUCAAGCUCAAAGCGAGUGAAGUCGUCGCUCUCCAACUCGGCCGCGUUCGACUCAGCUUGCGACUCGGCCUUCACUCACUGCCUCUCGCUCACCGAGCACGCUUUCCAAGGCGUCUUCCCCUACCAGCUCUCCACAGCCUCCAAUCACCUCCACGAAACGCUGCACACCGUCCACCCCCACCCCCUCAUCCUCAAAUGGGUCCCAUCUCCGCCUACUCGCUCCCGGGUCGACUCGGCCCUCGAGGCCGUGACUCGCUCUCCGCGGGCCCAGACGAUCGGCCCGGCCGAGUUCAAGCAGUGGGCGGUGGAGCUCUUCACCGGAGCUGUGGUGGAGAACGCCAGGAAGGCGGUGAUGUGGCGCGUUCCGAUUGGCGUGGCUGGGAUUGCUGGGGUUGGGGCCGUGACGAGGUCCGGGAAGGAGUUGAUUGGGACGGCGAUUGGGGUGUACGCGCUUGGCGUUGCGACUUCGAUUUCUCUGAGUUUGUCUGGGUAG